AGAAGUCAUUGCCCUGUCCUGUCGUUCGAUAACGUCGCUAUGACAGGCAGGUUGGCUAGAGUAUAGCCUAGGUAUUUAAUGGUCGAAAAUUGUUUGUAAAACGCCAUAAAAUGGCACAGGAUGUCCAAAAACGAGAUGCUAUUCGGAUACAAGUUAUUAAAUGUGCGGGCCUGUACCAGCCAGAGUACAAGACGUUUAGUGUGGAUCCAGAGAUUACCAACUUUCCCAUGUUACACAACCUAUUGAGCCAAGCAUUCCAGCUGCAAAAUGAGUUUACAAUUAGCUACCUGUCACGUGAUGAGAAGGGUGUAGAGGUGUAUCUGUCGCUGUUGUCGGAUUGGGAUUUGGAUGCCGCUUUUCUCUCUGCAUCUGAUCCAGUUCUCAAGUUGAAGGUGGAUGCAAGACCCUUUGAAGGACCAGGCCUCGAUGACUGGGAUGUUAUAAGUAUGAAAGAUACCACUCAUAGGCACCACCACGAACGCUCAAUGUCAGUGCCAUUCGUUGGAAACUUCAUGGAUUCAGUUGGCCGAACACUCAAUCGUGUUCAAAAGAUGUUCCAAGGGGAAAAUAAUGAUGGCAAGGUGUACGAACUGCCGCUAAAACCAUUAGAUGACAAGGAAUUUCUUACGUACUUGGAUGAAGGUGGACGCCUUGUCAAUAAGGAAGGACUUAUGUUGCGAGUUUUCCAAGGUGGUGUUGAGCCAUCAUUGCGCAAGACAGUCUGGAGGCAUCUUCUUAACAUCUUCCCGCCAAGUAUGUCUGGUGAAGAAAGGUGGGCAUAUUUAAAACGCAAGGAUAAGGAAUACCACGCUCUGAAAGAUCGCUUGCUUAAUAAUCCACGGGAAGAUUUUAAGAAUGUAAUGAACAUGGUACGUAAAGAUGUUCUUCGUACAGAUCGAUUGGAGAGUUUUUAUUCCAGUGGGGCAGAUGAGAAUCCAAAUGGAGUAAAGUUGUUUAAUAUUCUAACAACGUAUGCAUUGUCUCAUCCUGAUAUCUCAUACUGUCAAGGUAUGAGCGAUCUGGCGUCGCCGAUCUUGUACGUCAUGCAGGAUGAGGCUCAAGCUUAUCUAUGCUUUGUAGGCUUAAUGAAACGAUUGCGUGGUAAUUUCUUAAUAGAUGGAAAAACAAUGUCUGUGAAAUUCCUGCAUCUCACAGAACUAAUUAAAGUAUCAGAUCCUGAAUUUUAUAACUACUUACGUGAAGAAAAUGCAGAUGAUUUGUAUUUUUGCUAUCGUUGGUUGCUUUUAGAAUUGAAACGUGAAUUUGCAUUCCAAGAUGUGUUCCGUAUGCUGGAAGUCAUGUGGAGUGCCGUUCCGCCAAAUGAUCCACCAGAAACGGGCAUAGAAUUAUCAGGUCCGCCCUCAAAUAUGUCACCAACUCCAUUCGCAACGGAUAAAAUGCGAUUCAAGUUUGCCAGGGAACGUGCAAACUCAAAGAGAAGGAGUGGCAGUUUAAGCAGUGUCCGUACAGCAUCUGUUGAAAAUGACGAUGGGCUUCGUAUAUCACAGAAGGACCUUGCCUCAACUCUAGAUUUAGAGGUUUUUGAAAAAGAAGAUGACAACAACCAAGGCAAUUGUGACCCUAAAAAACUUCAAAUGACAUCAGGUUUUGAAACUUCUGAUGAAACUACCAAUGUUAACAUUAACCAAGAAGAGGAAAAAACAGAGAUUUUAGAAACAAACAGAAACCAAGAAAAUAUUCUGUCAGAUGUGGAGAUUUCAGACAGUGGAAAACCAUGUGAUAAUGAUGGUAAGACAUCUUCAUCAUCUCCAAGACGAUCCCUUCCAAAAAUACCAGGUGAUUCCAGCUCCUCAACCUCAUCAGAAAAAAAGUCCAAUUUAUACAUAAAUUGCAAUGCCACUACAAAUUGGGAAACACAAGGAAACAUUCCAGAAACAUCAAGAUUGUCUGCCCAAUUGAGCAAUGAUGAUUUGGAAGUUGAUAUGGUGACAACUACUGAUGUACCCGAGAUAUCAGUGACAUCAAGUGAAGAGAUGUCAGUGACAUCAAAUGGAGAGAUGUCAGUGACAUCAAAUGGAGAAAACUCAGUGACAUCAUCAGACUCUAAUCAAGCAUCAUCUAAUCAAGAAGAUCAUCGCAAGUUAUCCUCACCCAAAACUGAUGGUAUACCAUUAACUUCAUCGAAUGACAGUUCAUCCAAAGUACCAACGUCAUCCUCAUCACCUUCUUUUCAUAAAAGCAACUCCACAUCAUCAAAAGGUCAUCCAACAAAACACCCAUCCAAUUCCAAAGUGCCAUUCCUUUUAAGUAGUUUAGAGAAAAAGAUAGCUGAGCUUACAAUUACUUCAAAACCAACUAAUCUUCCAUUGAAUUCUCAACCAACGGAGGGCAGCAAGUCCAAUAAAUCGUCACCCAUGAGUCCUGUACGUAGGCCGUACCGUGGACUUCCAACUCCUAAAGAUUUUGGAAUGGGUAACCCAUUCAUGAUGUUCUUAUGUCUGACAUUGUUGUUAGAACAACGAGAGUACAUAAUGGCUUUAAAAAUGGACUACAAUGAUAUGGCCAUGUUGUUUGACCGCAUGGUACGCAAACACGACCUCAACCGUAUGCUGUGCAAAGCACGCGAUUUAUACAUUGACUAUUUGAAAGCGGAAAUCAGUUUUGGAUAUUGGGAGGAAGGUCACGAAAGAGGAGUCACAAACGGGCAAGAGUCGCUAAGGAAGACCAGUAAUGGUGAGGUUAUGCUAGCCAGAAUUUGAUCAUGCUGCCUCACUUCAAAUACCAUGUACAGUGUCUGUCAUGUCUCAAAAAAGUAUUUGUUUUGUCUCCAUAAAUAUUAGUACCUGUGUAAUUGUUAUCAAACAUGGAAAGAAGAAUUUAUGAAAGUGUAAAACACUAAUCAUAUGUUGUUUCAACAUAUCUAUACUAUUAUAUAGAGGCUGUCUGUUUUUGAUGUACUGUACUCUACCAGUAUGAAACCAGUAUUUUAGUUUUUUCCAUGUGCGAUUUACACAUGGUGAUUUAUCUUGCAUCCAAAAUACAGUUGAAACAAAAAAAGCUUUUGCAUGUGUACAAGAUGUCCAGUUUGUGCCUGGAAUAAUGGUUAUGUCAUAUUAUCAUUAAAUCGAUUCAGUCAUUCCGUAAUUAGGGACAAGUAAUUUCGUUUUUAAAAAAAUAAGACAUUUCCAGACCGAUACUAAGAUUUCAAAGACAAGGUCACAAAUCGUGCAUGACUGAAAUCUGAAGUUUGUGUAUGUCUAAUCGAAAUAUUAACAUUCAAGCUAUGGAUCAUUCCCUCUUCCCUCCCCUCCCCCUCCCCCUUCAAGUUGUUUAUCACAGAAACUGUACUGGUGAUAAGAAACUAAUUAUUGAAUGUGCUAAAAUUAUUUAGAAUUAAAAGAGCUAAUUAUUACAUGUAUAUAAUAUAUCAGUAUUUCAUUAUAUUAUUUGACCAAAUGGAAAUGAAUGCCUAAAUUUAUAUAUUCUUAUUUGUUUAAACCAAUUUAAAUAUAUUUUAUUCUUUGAUUUUAGUCUUUCAGUGUGGUUCUUGCAAAAUAAAUGUGUAAAAAAACCAACAAGGAUACAAAAUAUAAAUUAUAGUUGCAGAUAUAUGACAUAUUGAGACUUUUAAAUGUUAUUUGUUCCAUAAUUCAAUUUAUUUGUUAGCCAGAUAUUGUAAUUCAUUUGUAUAGGUAGUAUUACAUUUUAUUUUUUAUACAUAUUCCUCUGGUUGUAUAAUUCUUUUGCUUUUGUCAUAGCCUAAGUAGUAUAAUUUAUUUGUAUCCAUAGCUUUGUAGUAUCAUUAAUUUGUAUUUAUAGCCAGGGUGGUAUCAUGCUUUUUUUGUCAAAGCUUAGGUAGGAUCAUUUUGUAUCCAUAGCCGAGGUAGUAUCAUUCAAUUUUGUCAUAGCCUAGGUAGUAUAAUUUAUUUGUGGCAUAGACAAGCCAAACCAGUCACUGGUCGCAAAAAAAUUAAACAGUAAAAUGAGAGCUAUAAAAUGGUAAAAGAAUCAUUUAAAUUUGGCAUUUCCUUAUGAAGUUACAAGCAUUCAAACAUAGACCUUCAAAGUUUAUGAUUACGGGCUUUUCUCAGGCAGAAAACAUCACCAAAUUGUUAAAAAUUGAGGAAAAUAAGGUUAGUUUUAAUAGUGCAAUAAAAUAGAUUUCAAAAAUGUUGACAUUCCAGCAUGUUGUGGCCAUUAUCUCUGAAACACGAAUUGCGAUGAGUGACUGGUUUGGCUUGUCUUUGCCACAUUUUUGUUCAUAGCUGAGGUAUUAGUUAUUUUUCAGUGUACUUUAUCUAGGUACUGAGUUUUAAAUCGCCAGACUAUUAGAUCUAAAAACUAGUGUGUGAAUUGAAUGGUCACAACCCUAAAGCUCUAUCUAGACAGUAAAAUUUUAUUUGACAAAAAAACUGUUGUAUGCCCAUAUAUAGUCAUGAUGUGCCUAUAUUAUGGUCAUGAUUUGAUGUCAUCAAGAUAAGAGAAGAUAUUAUUGUCCAUCAUAACAUGUUAGAAAUUCAUGAUCCAUUUGGAUUACAACAUACAAAAACACAUUAAUUAAAUUACAUCAAAUAAGUAAAAAAAAAAAAUUGAAUUGCACUAGAGAUAUAAAAAUCUAUGUUUUAUCAAAAGGAAAUUAUUUCCUUAUAAUAAGCAAUUAUUACAAAGUAAAAAAAAAAAUUGUAAGAAUUGCAUCAAGAUAUAUACAUUUAAAAAAUUGCAAUCAUUCAAAGGAAAUUGAUUUUUUGCACUUAAAUCUACCAUUAAUCAGUAUCAUCUCUCUCAUCGCCAUCGUCAUUAUAUUAUUAUCGUUAUGAAGAUGAUUGAAGUAACUCAAUAGAAACGUCGAGACAUUCUAAACAAACAACUGUUCUUUUCAGGACUAUCUGCGUGAUGUAUCACAAGCAUUAAAUAUAGUAUUACUUCGCCAUGCAAACCUUAAAACAAUAUUACAGCUAAACUUGCCUAAGUUCGAAUAAUUUCUAAGUCAAACUAAUUUUAUAUGCCAAAUUGUUACGUUUUCCAUUAAUAACAAUCUGUCAGUCAAAUUUUAUUUAAGUCAAACAAUAUUUCAAUGGCAUUUUGGAUUCAACUUAGGCAAGUUCAACUGCAUUAUUAUGGUUACUGACCAUAUUUUGGCAUGUCACAUGUUUUGGUCAAAUAAAAUGUGAGAGUCUGGGCCAGGGCAUUAGACUAAACGUGUAGCUUAUUCCAUAUAUUUGCUUUGUUUAUUCCAUUUUUUAUCAUAAACAGUACUUCAUUAAAUCCAGUGUACAAUGUUGCAA